CCUUAAUUGGUUGGUAUAACCUUUACCGGAUAAUACUUUACUGGAAUGGAACUUCUUAUUAUUGGAUGUGACAAGAUCAUGGAUAAAGACGAGGCUUAGGCCUAAACUGGAUUUUACUUUCAAGAUUUUGGAUACAGAAGACAAGGCUUAGGCCUAAUAUGGAUUUUAAAUGAAAGAGAUUAAAAACUGAAGACAAGGCUUUGGCCUAUUAAGAAUAUUAAAUGAGAGAGAUUGAAAACUGAAGACAAGACUUUGGCCUAAAUUGGAUAUUGGAAACUGAAGACAAGGCUUUGGCCUAAUAAGAAUAUUAAAUGAGAGAGAUUGAAAACUGAAGACAAGGCACUGGCCUAAAUUGGAUAUUGAAAAUUGAAGACAAGGCUUAGGCCUAUUUUGAUCGUGAUUUUCGAAUAUUAAAUUACUAAAGUCAAGGCUGUAUGGUCCUGAGAUCUUUGCUUGCCUUAUAUAAGGCGAAUUUAAACAACAACAACAACAAAACAUUUUUUUUUAUCUGUAUACGGGCGUAUCGUAUCGAGUGAUGGGAUAUUUUAUAUGAAAAUUGCAGUUUUGUUUGACUAAAAUAUUUCAUAUUUUGUUUGCAACAAUGAAUAUUUCAAUUCGUUUUUACGUUUCUGUUGGCAUUGUACUGAUGUGAAUCGGGUUUCUCGCUGCAAUUUAGAGAUUUUCGCAGUCAUUGUGGACAGUGGACUUUUUGUUUCUGUUGUAAACACGUUUGGGACGUUUUCUUGAAAUUUUAAUAGUGGACUAGUUGUAAAUAAUGUGUGGUCACUGUCUUCGCUAAGACAAGUUUGAGUGAAGUUCUUACUGCUUGUAAUUUUUUGGUGAAAAAUGGCUGAUUUGAUUCGAGCUAUGGGGGCUCCGAUCGGACCCCCUGUGAAGGACAAGUUGGGUUCGCCGUCAACGGAGUCCGAGGACGGCGGCGGAGACAUUGCCGAGCUGGCGGCGGACCUGGAACUCGAUGAACCAGAUGGACCUAGCAUCAAUGGAGAAAGACAAGCAGUGUUAGCCCCUCCAGAGACAGAGUGGUAUCACGGUCGUCUGGAUCGGUACACAUCUGAGGAGAGGCUGUGGGCUGCCGGCAAGCUGGGGAGCUAUUUAGUUCGUGAGAGUGAUCGCAAACCUGGGUCGUAUGUUCUGAGCUAUCUGGGUCGCACUGGAAUAAAUCACUUCAGGAUAACAGCAGUAUGCGGCGACUACUACAUCGGGGGUCGCCAGUUCGACUCUCUGGCGGAGCUGGUCGGGUUCUACAGCCAUUGUUCGGACCUGCUCAAACGCGAGCGGCUCGUCGAGCCUGUCCCACCGCCGGAACCGGUUAAUGAUAAGAAGCGAGUGGUGGCGAUCCUGCCGUACACUAAGAUGCCAGAUACGGAUGAGCUGACGUUCCAGAAGGGAGACAUCUUCUUCGUGCACAACGACAUGGGCGAUGGCUGGCUGUGGGUCACUGCUCAUAGGACGGGAGAACAAGGCAUGAUUUUCCGCGAGCUAGUCGAAGACCUAGAUCCGUCCAUCGACCCCAACACGGUGUUCUCCUGGUUCCAUCCAAACUGCACGAAGAGCGAGGCAGUCGACAUGCUCGUCAAGGCGGGCCCGGGCAGCUUCCUCGUCAGACCUUCAGACAACUCUCCCGGGGAUUAUUCACUGUUCUUUCAUAUAAACAACCAGAUUCAAAGGUUCAGGAUUGAGAAGAAAGGGGUCAGGUAUCUGAUGGGAGGAAGGACGUUCGAAUGUCUCGAUGCUGUUAUCAACAGAUACAGGAAGGAGCAGAUCGUCGAGGGGCAUACGUUGGGACAACCGCUCAUCGCAGAGGGCCACCAAAUUGAGCCUCAACAAAGCACAACUGGGGCGGCAGCGGAGAAGAUAUAUGCGACCCUUCGCGAAUGUCGAGACCAGAUCGGCUUGAAGAAGAUGAAGGGAAUCAAACACCAGGGUUACUUGAACAAGAAAUCCGAUAAAGGCGCUAAGAAGUGGAAGGCCUUGUAUUUCGUUCUAUUGCAAGAGGGAACGGAUACUCAUUUGUACUUCUACGACUCGCCGAAGAGGACGAAGCCGAAGGGUCUGAUUGAUCUGUCCUGCGCUUAUUUGUAUCAGGUGCACGAAUCCCUCUGGGAGCGGGAGUUCUGUUUCCAGCUAGUGGAGCGAGCGUUGCCGUGUCUAUCCACGCACACGUUCCUCGCCGCUAACAGCGCGGCUGAGGAGCGCGCCUGGCUGGAUGCUCUGCGGCCAUUGUGUGUGCCGCAGCAAGCUAGGCAUCAGUGCAAGGUCCCGCGAGUGGUGUGGCUGCGCGCCCUGCGCAUCCGCUGCCUGACGGCGCACCGGCUGCCGGCGCGGCUGGCCCCGCGGCCCUACCUGCGGCUGGCGCUGGGCGCCGCGCCCGUGGCGCGCACGCGCCCGCGGCCCUCGCCCGACCCGCGCUGGGAUGACGAGUUCGUUUUCGACGAUGUCCCUCCAGAUGUAACAUCGUUCACUAUCACCGUUCACAACACUGGAAAGCGGGGGAAGGAGUCCGAAGUGGCCGAACUGACGAUAGAACUUGCUAAUCUCGCGAACGGAGAAGAAAUAGAGGAAUGGUAUCCUCUUGUUGGCAUGACACCUAUUGGCGAGUGGGGUUCUUUGAGAUUACGCAUCAGAUACAUGCAAGAGCUGGUGAUGCCUCGCGAGGAGUACAACCCGUUACGUCAGCUGCUUCUAGAGCCUGGUAUACCGGCGGUGAAGGCGUUGUCAGAUCUCUGUCGCACAGAUAGACAGCCACUCGCUACUUCGGUACUACACGCGUUCACGGAGUGCGGUCGCGGCGCGGAGCUGGCGCGGGAGCUGGUGAGCGCCGAGGUGGCCCGCGAGCACGACCACCGCUCGCUGUUCCGCGGCGCCUCGCUCGCCACCGCCGUCGUCGACGAGUUCAUGCACAAACACUGCAACCACUUCCUGCAGGCGGCGAUAUCAGAAACCGUGCAGAAGUUGAUCGAUGCGAAACAGUCAGCUGAACUGAACCCAACCAAGAUGGACUCGCCCGACGACGCCUGCAACAACGCUGAAUUCCUGCUCAUGAUCCUCGAUCAGAUAACCCUGUCAAUUUUCACGUCACCCGAGGCGUGUCCUCGGCCCGUGAGGUAUCUGUGUGGCUGUCUGCAACGCGCGGCCGUUGCUAAGUGGCCCAAUGAGCGCUUUGUGCGCACGAGAGUUGUUUCAGGGUUCAUCUUCCUGCGGCUGAUCUGCCCGGCGCUGGUGGAGCCGCGCGCCUGGGGGCUGGUGGCGGCCGCGCCGCCGCCGCACGCGCAGCGCUCGCUGCUCAUGGUGGCCAAGUGCCUGCAGAACCUGGCUAACCUCGUCGAGUUCGGCGCUAAGGAACCAUACAUGGAGGUGGUGAAUCCGUUUAUCUUGAAGAACAAGGAGCGCAUGGUGGUUUUCCUCGACCAGCUGAGCUCCGUGCAGGACCCGGGUACCAUCUCGCAGAACACCAACAACAACGUCGACAUCGCAAAGGAGCUAGCGACGCUGCACCACAUCUGCGUGUCACACUUGUCGGAGCUGCAGACACUGGCCAAGUCGCAGCCCGCCAUCCGCAAGCUGGUCACCGUCACUGAGAUGCUCACAAAACACAAGCACAAGUACCUCGAGAUGAUCAGAUAGGAUACGCCGAACAUUAGCACAGGGUAACAAAUCUUAUCUACAUUGGACGAGCAGUAGAUAUUGAUGUAGGUAUAGAGGUACAUAGAAGCCCUUCGGCCGGACUUGGCCGUUACAAAGGACAGUUUUAACGACGUCACACUUCAGCAAACAUUUUACAAGUAGUCGCUGAAUUGUGUUGUGACGUUUCCUUCCUCCUCAAUUACUCGAGUAUUAUGAAAGUUGAUGAAAGUCAUAGGUAGAAGUAAUAAGUGUUGGAUUGGAGAUAAGUGUACGGUAAUUCGGCUUUGCAUUGGUUUAUUAUAUCGUAAAAACACGAUUUCUUUAACGUAAAAUCAUUCAUAUGUAGGUAUCCUACACAGGGAGGCUAAAAAUGCCACAUCGAAUUAAUUCAUCUACAAAAGCAAUAUUGCAAUUUGACAUUUGCGCAUAUGAAAGUAAGUGCGCAAUGCAAACAAAUGUCAAACAGCAAUAUUGCUUUUGUAGAUGAAUUAAAUCGAUGUGGCCUUUUUAGCCUCUCUAUUAAGGUUCGGAGUUUUCGUCUUUUCGGAAACGUCAAGUAAAAUGUUGUCCCUAAGGUAAACUUAAAUGGCCUUAAGGAGUAGAUUAAUAGACGUAAUUGCGGCUAGGUGACGUAAUAGGUAAUAAAGAUCCCUGCGUAGGAACGAAGUCCAUUGUUGUUAAUUAGUGCGCUUUACCCGACUGCGUACAAGGAGAAUAAGUAAUGUUUAAGAUGUGUCGAGUAAUGAGGUCAGUCUUCUUAUAGUCAACGUUAGCAGUAGCCAGUAUUUACGUUACGAUAUACGCAAACGAAUUUGUUUCGAGCUUUCUCGUGCCAAACUCUUGUAGUGUGUGCGAUUAUGACUGUAUUCUAGUUAUAUUAAUUUUGUAACGGUCAAUCAUUUAAUUGAACUGCCUAAUAUUUUUUGAUAAUUGCUAAAAACGAGCUCUCUAGUAAUGUAAGUUAUAUUUAUUGCUAUAUUCCCAGAAUUUAAUUUAUUUAAUAACUUAUCUUUUAUAAUGGCGUAUGGGCAUUUUACUAACUAAAUAUAAGAUCCAAAAGCGUACAACAAAUUGGUACGAAGAAGUGGUCUUAAAAUUGGAAGCAAUAAAGUUGCUAUUUAAUUCGUAUGGGUUUUGACGCGUUAAAGAAAUGCUUUAAUUAUUAUGGACUUUUAAUAAGGUUCUGUACUCUAACCUUUUAUACUACACUUAUAUUUGUUUAGAUUUUUGUACUAGAGUAUUAUCCAGAGAUAAUUCAUUAGUGUAACUCGGCUUAGUAUGAUUAGGUGUAAUUUGACGAUUGAAGGGCGUGAGCAAGGCAGAAGUAAAAUCAAUUUUACAUAAUUUCGCCAUAGUCUUUAUGGUAGAUACUCAUAUUGCUAUUAAGACAACAUGAGGUCAACCCCUAUAUUAUUUACAUUAGAAAUUGGUCUUUUUAAACCACAGUUUUCAGUUUUUAUAUACAAGAACAUAGGAUUCGAUAUUUGUAGUUUUAUACUACAUAAGACAAGAAAAAAAUAUUCGGCUUUUGUAUUACGACAUGUGAAAGGAUAUUUCUGCGUUGUUCACCCAGCUCUUUACAUUUAGGAUAACAUUCGAUCAUCACUCAAAAGACACCAAAAAUAUAAUAAAAGUAUGGAGUUACUAAUAUACUACGUAAAAGUAUAAAUGUGAUAGGGCUGUAGAAUGUUCGUGAAGUUUGGAUGUAACUGCACUUACAGAUCUCGCGGUGCACCUCGACUAUAAUUAUAAAUUCUGUGAUAAAUAUUUGAUUAUUCUUCCUUCAUUGCAAUUGUAUUUUUCUGUGAUUCAAUAUUUUUUUAAUAUUCUCAUUUCUUGACAGAACUCUGCUCUUUUUUGUGGUCUUCUUUUGUGCAAGUAUUUUAUUUUCUUUUUUUUAAGAUGACAACAUUUUUUUUUAUAGUUACAAGUAAUAUUUUUUGAAUGAUUCGGAUAUUCAAGCUUCAAUAUUAUCACAUAAACGAGCAAAGUUUAAAUAUUUCACGACAUAUUGACAUAUUUUGAUUGCAAAAAGACUUGAUUUUUUACUUAUAAUUAAUGAAUACUAUAUAAUGCGAUCUUCCUUUCGUCUUGCUCAAGAUGUGUUGUUAUUGAUAACAUUUUGUAUUAUUGUACCUUCUAGUGCCAUAUAAUCUGUACUUAUUUGCACGCGCUUUUCUAUGUACAUUUUACACUGAUAUUCACUGUGUCCGUAUUAUGAAAUAUUUGGCAAAAUAGAACAUACUGUAGGCAUAUUAAUCACUUUUAAAUAUAGUAGUAGAAGUUUCUGUAUGCUGAACCGGUUUAUUAAGAAAUUAGAAACAACUAGGUGCUAAUUCUAAUAACUUAAUUUUAAUUUAGUUUGACCGUUUUAAUUAUAGUGCUGUCCUUUACUUACAAUAAGUGCAAGAAAGAGAUAGAGCUAGUUUUGAAAGUAACAAACUAAAUUAAAAUUAAGUUUGUGCUUGCCAGUAUUGGCACCAAUAUAUAAUUGUUUUGGAUAAUGUCUUCGAAUAAAAACUGCUUAUUUCUUUGUUGCCAACUGAACUGUAUUAGUAUGAUUAGAAAACAAUAUGGCGUAUUUUAAAAUUGAAAUUUUUCAAUAUAAAUAUGAAAGGACACAGUGAAAUCGUAUUUAUCUCUGCACAGAAAUAAAGAUAUAAUAUAAUUAUAGAAACUUGUCUCAAAUUAAAAUAGCUCGAAGUAUUUAAUAAUUAUAUUUCAACAUUACAUGUUAUGUUAUUCAGUGCCUGAAUUUUGUGCAUCAUGUAAUGUAAAGAAGACUAACUUUGAUUAAGUGUUCAUCCAUUCUCAAGUAAAACCUUAUUCCAUUAUUUGCAUUUAAAUGUUUAUUUUAUAAUAUGUGCAAUAUCUAAUUCAAUAAUUGAUUUGUAAUGGAAUUCAAGAUUAAGAUUUUGUUGGAGCUGGUGUAAAACAGACUUUGAACAGAGAGAUAGUUCGCUUAGUAUUUGAUUGUUGGCGAUUAUAAGUUUAUAGCUAGUAGUUUCGCAUAGAUUAUUUGAAGCGGCCAAAGUGCGUAGUUUAGCUCUUUCUACAAAACUGUUGUAUUGAUCAAAAUUAGUUUUACUGGCUCUUACUACAUGACUAUGUUUAUGGUUUAUAAUUGUAUAAUCAAAAGCAGGAAUAUGUAUGCAACACUUAGUACCAUAUCACAUUAAAAAGUCAAAUUUGUUAAUGUGACAGAGUUCUAAAGUGGUCACUAGCUCCAUGGAAUAACAUAAUUUUUGUAAUUUGUUUGACUGCAACAGUAUUCUAGGCCACAAUAAUGCAUCGAAGUUCAUAAGAUUUAUUUAUUUAGCUUAAGGCAGUAGAUGUGGAUGUGUAGUCACUGUAUUUAGUGUGUUUAGCUUAUGAUAGGAAAUGUCUAGACUGAUUUAUGCUCCAAUUAUAGACGUGUUAGUGUAAUGCACUAGAUUUUUCACAAAAUUGUAACAAAACAGUGAUACAUUUUCCAAUAUUUGGCCCGUUUGGAAAGAAUUUUUGUAUUCAGAAUUUACAGUUAACAUUUUGAAACAUUUACAAUGUUUUUGUUACAUAUUAUCGGAAUUGCAUUUUAGUUCAGUUUGGCUACAAUGGGUUUUUGUCUAUAACUGGGCUAAUUAUUAUUGUAAUCGUAAAUUUUGUACAUUGAAAGCACAAUUUGCACAUAUUUGCACUUGUUAACCAGCAUUUUAGGCAGGAUAAGCUUCCAACAAUGUUUCCAAUUGAGUAAUUGCCUUUUUAAUAUACAGGAACAUGUGAAACAUACAUUUUAUUGCUAGUAGCAACAUACGAAAAAUGCAGUUUUUAAGUUACAUAUAAUAUUAUGUAAUGGUUAGUAUUAGAUUUUGUGACUGUUUUGUAAUCUCUUUAUAUUCUAUCCCUUAGUAUGUACUGUUUUUCUAUUAAAUUUUUAUCUGUGCUAGAAAUCCGGUCUCGUAAUAAAGAUAAAAUAAUCAAAAUA